CUUUCUUCACCAGUUCACCUCUCUUCUCCUCCCCUUCCCCUAUUCUCAGAAUUUACCCCAAAAAAAAAAAAAAAAAAUGGAAUUUGAAAAUUUUGAUCCCACCCACAAUGUGAACUUUGCAAAGACAAGAAAUUUUGGUGAGAAAAUAAAAACUGAUCUUACAGAAACAUUCUUCCCAGAUGAUCCUUUUAAAGGAUUCAGUGAGGAAUCUCCAAAAAAAAGAUUAAUAAAGGGGAUUAAAUAUUUUGUACCAAUAUUUGAAUGGUUACCUUCAUAUAAUUUUAGGCUUUUUAGGUAUGAUUUUCUUGCUGGUGUAACCAUUGCUAGUCUUGCUAUUCCUCAAGGUAUCAGUUAUGCCAACCUUGCCAGAAUUCCUCCUGUCAUUGGCCUUUAUUCAAGUUUUGUGCCACCAUUUAUAUAUGCUGUAUUUGGGAGCUCAAAGAACUUAGCAGUUGGAACAGUGGCGGCUUGCUCAUUGCUCAUAGCCAAUACUAUUGGAGGAACAGUCUCGCCAACUGAAAAUCCAACUUUAUACCUCAACUUGGUCUUCACUGCGACUUUUAUUUCUGGGAUCAUUGAAACUGCUUUGGGUGUUUUAAGGCUAGGAAUUCUAGUGGAUUUCUUAUCACAUUCAACUAUUACUGGGUUUAUGGGAGGAACAGCAGUGAUAAUAAUUUUGCAACAGUUAAAGGGAUUUUUGGGAUUAAAGCAUUUUACUACUAAGACUGAUGUAAUCUCUGUAAUCAAAACAUUGUUCAGCCACAGAAAUGAGUGGCAUUGGGAGAGUGCAGUUGUUGGCAUAAUCUUCCUUGCUUUCUUACAGUUCACCAGAUACGUGAAAAACAAGAGGCCAAAGCUAUUUUGGAUUUCAGCAAUGGCUCCUUUAGUGGUUGUUAUAACAGGGGGUCUUUUUGCUUACCUUGCUCAUGCCGAGAAAUUUGGUAUUGACAUUGUUGGACAGUUGAAGAGAGGGAUUAACCCGCCUUCAGUGAACAGAUUGAACUUUGAUCUAAAGUACAUUGCUGCACCAAUUAAAGCCGGAAUCAUAACUGCCGUCUUAGCCCUUGCUGAAGGAAUAGCCAUUGGUAGGAGUUUUGCCAUUAUGAAAAAUCAGCAAACUGAUGGUAACAAAGAGAUGAUCGCUUUCGGCAUCAUGAACAUUGUUGGUUCUUUUACUUCUUGCUACUUGACUACAGGGCCAUUUUCGAAGACGGCUGUAAAUUUCAAUGCAGGAUGCAAAACACAAAUGUCAAACGUAGUAAUGGCAAUAAUAAUGAUGCUUACGUUGUUAUUGUUGGCACCAUUGUUUAGCUACACUCCUAUGGUUGCACUCUCUGCAAUUAUCAUGUCCGCUAUGUUUGGUCUUAUUGAGUAUGACAAAGCGAUUCACCUCUUCAAAGUUGAUAAAUUUGAUUUUUCCAUUUGCAUGCUUGCUUUCUUUGGAGUUACCUUCAUUAGCAUGGACGUUGGACUUGCCCUCUCGAUUGCAUUAGGAAUUAUAAGGGCACUACUAUACACAGCAAGGCCAAGAACUUGUAAGUUAGGGAACAUUCCAAGUACAAACCUUUACCGAGACAUGGAGCAAUAUCCUGAUGCACAAAGGACACCAGGAAUCCUUAUUCUUCAACUAGGCUCCCCAAUUCUCUACUCUAACAAUACUUAUAUUAGAGAAAGGGUUCUAAGAUGGAUUAGAGAUGAAGAAAUUGAUAAAGAUAAUCAAGGGGAUUCAGUGGAGCACCUUAUUUUGGAAAUUGGAGGGGUGACAACUACAGACAUGACCGGAAUUGAAGCAUUAUAUGAGUUGAAAAGACUUCUAGUUGCAAAAAAUAUUGAGUUGUCAUUGGUAAACCCAAGGAUUGAAGUCAUGGAGAAAUUGAUAGCUUCCAAGUUCAUUGAUGUAAUUGGCAAACAAUAUGUGUAUUUGUCAAUUGAUGAUGCAGUUGAGUCUUGCAGAUUUAGACUUAGUGGCCCAAAUAAAUGUAAUGGACGGGAUCAACCAUAAAUCUUUUAUACUCUUUGGGCUUAGAUAAAUUUUGAAAUCUUUAAAUGUAAAAUUAAACAUGGGCUUCUAGUAUUUGUUAUUAUAGACGACCCAAUAUAUUUAAAUGGGCCUUAACGAAUGAAUUUUCCUUAAUCCUCUCUUAUAAAAACAGGGGAGAAAUAAGGAAGAAAUUGAAAGUCACUUGUGUUUGUUGUAUUAUAUUAUUCUUGGAAGGCAAUAUCAAUAUUAUAUCUCCUAUUUUAGUAACAGAAAAACUUGUAUG